UUAGUUUAAAAGAUGGCUGUGGCCACACCAGAGACCAAGCUGGUGGUAGCAGCCAUAGACUUUGGCACUACUUUUUCUGGUUAUGCGUUUGCCAUGAGGGAUGACUUGGACAAGGACCCACCGAAAACAUUCGCACCUCACUGGAAUGCUCCAGAUGGCGGCCUCAUUUCAUUUAAGACCCCGACCACUGUCCUGCUGGACAAUGAUGGAAACUUUGUUGAAUUUGGUUUUGACGCAGAGACUAAAUAUGCAGAACUGGCGGAAGAAGAUGAACAUCAAGAAUAUUUCUACUUCCGCAGAUUCAAAAUGCUGCUCUAUGACAAAGUCAGAAAAAACAAAUUGACCAUAGACACAAAGGUACCAGACAUAAGAGGCAGGGAGUUGCCGGCUGUGAAGGUGUUCUCUCAUGCAAUAAGAUUUUUAAAAGACCACCUGAUAGAAUCAUUGAAAAACAGAGGAUCGAUAGUAAAGAAAGAGGACAUAGCGUGGGUUCUCACUGUGCCUGCAAUCUGGGAUGAUCCUGCAAAGUUUUUCAUGCGAAAGGCAGCACAAGAGGCAGGUAUUCCUGGCCAUCAGCUGAUGAUAGCGUUAGAACCUGAGGCAGCCUCGAUUUACUGCAAACAUCUUCCGGUGGAGAAAUUUGAGGGCACGAACCAUAUCAGUGUAUUUCAACCCGGCAGCAAGUACCUGGUUUUGGAUGCCGGAGGUGGAACAGUGGAUAUAACCGUUCAUGAAGUAAAAAGCAAUGGAAACUUAAAAGAGCUUGAUCGAGCAAGUGGGGGUGAUUGGGGAGGAACAAGUGUGGAUAUGGCCUUCAAGAACGCCCUAAUGGAGAUUGUAACGGAGGGAAUGAUGGAGGGGUACUGUCACAAGUAUACCGCAGACUACAUAGCAAUGUUCAGGGAUUUUGAGAUCAAGAAACGCAAACGCACAAGUGGAAACGACUCAAACCCCAAAAUAACUUUAAAAAUUCCAGCUACGUUUAUAGAAGAAUGCUCUGAAACUCUGGGUUCCGACUUAACCACCCUCACCAACAGAACCAGGUAUAGAGACCACCUCCACUGGGGAUCAGACAAAGUCAGAAUUGACCUGCCUACGUUUGAUAGCUUCUUUCAGCCCGCAUGCGAAGGAAUCAAAAAACAUUUAAAAGAAUUGUUCCAAUCACCCAAAGUAAGGGGAAUCAAGAAAAUUUUGAUGGUAGGAGGAUUUUCCGAGUCGUACAUUUUACAGGAAUCUGUCCGCAAGGCUUUCCCCGAUUGUCAAGUUAUCGUUCCCCAGGAAGCUGGGUUAGCCGUCCUUCGUGGUGCAGUCCUAUUUGGGGACAAACCCAAGGCAAUAGAGUCUCGUAUUGCAAAGUUCACCUACGGGAUUGACAUGAGCACGAAAUUUGAUGCUGCAAAACACAUGGCCUCUAAGAAAAUAGAUGUAGAAGGAGAGGAAUAUUGUGAGGACAUAUUUGAUCGCCACGUAAAAAGAGGUGACGAGUUGAUUGUCGAUGAGGCACAAGCUGAACGAUCUUAUGUUCCGUUGACCUCCCGUCAGAAAAGUAUAUCGUUUGGUAUUUAUACGUCUAAAGAGGACGAUCCUUUCUAUACCGAUGAAUGCGAAAAUAUCGGGAAAUUCGUAGUGAACGUACCACUAGGCAUAGAUGAUCGCUCCGUUGAAGCGAGAAUGAUAUUUGGUGGAACUGAACUCACCGUGGAGGCCAAAGUAGUUAAAACAGGGGACAUUAUCCCUGCGGAAUUUGAAUUACCAGAAGAGGAAAAGAUUUAAGAAUUUUUCAGAUUUUCUUUCUGAUACAAUAUUACUAGUAUUCAAUAAAUACUAGAUUAGACGUUAAUAGUGAAGAACCAAACGAAUCCACAAUAGUUUUUAGAUUUCAGGUAGAACGUUCUUAAGUAUUUUUUU